CAUAUCGGUUGAUUUGUAUCGGUCAUCUCACCAUCUGUUCAUACCUCUUCUCUAUUGUCAUACUGUUUGUAAGUUAUCUCUCUCUUAUUAUGUAUGUAAUUAUCUGUGCUUAUAUAUAUCUCUGUAUUUAACUUGAUUAUGCUCUGGCAGUAUCGGGAGUAAAUAAAGAUAAAGAUAAAGUACGAAGAACUAUGUGAACUGCUUACUGCAAGGAAUCUGAUUGUGCAUUGUAAACUGGUAUGGCAUCAAUAUGAAAGAUGUGCGGCAUUCGUGCAUUCCUUUUCCUAAUUUUAAAGUUUAUUAUACAGUAUUUAUUUUACUGCAAAUGUCAAUUAUAUAGAAAGCAAUUUUACAUUUCUUUUCAACGUAUUUUAAUAUCAGGGUUACGAUAACACCGCCCACCCUAUUUCAUGGACUCUUUAUUUCUUGGGAAGAUUCCACGAAAUACAAGAAAAAGUGUAUCUAGAAUUGCAAGAAAUUUUCAAAGAUGAUAUGAAUAGAGAUAUUACGAUCGAUGACCUGACGAAAAUGACGUACUUAGAAUGCGUAAUUAAGGAGACGAUAAGAAUCUAUCCUACUUAUCCUUUAAUUGCAAGAAAAAACCCAUCGGAAAUGAAAAUAGGUAAUUACGUGUUGCCUGCAAAUUCGACUCUUAUCAUAAGUAUCUAUGGUAUUCAUCAUAAUCCUUCUGUUUACGAAAAUCCCGAAGUGUUCGAUCCAGACCGUUUUCUACCUGAAAACUAUAAAAAUCUUCAUCCUUAUGCAUUUCUGCCAUUUUCUGUCGGUCCACGAAAUUGUCUCGGAAGUAAACUCGCCAUGAUUACAAUGAAAAUGGUUUUGGCAAAUGUUCUUCGUAAUUUUAAAGUUUACUCUUUGGAUCCUCUGGAUAAAAUCUAUAUCUCAUACGCAAUUGUGUUGACCCCAAUAUUUGGUAUAAGAAUGUGUGUAGAAAAAAGAUGAAUGUUGUAAGAUAUUAAAUAAGCUGAAUAUUGCGAUAAAAUUUAUUACAAAUUUAUAUAAACAUAGGCCUAUAUCAUAUAACCUAUAGGCCUACUUGUGCAUUUAAAAACUGUAUCGAAAUAAUUCUACCUAUUAUUAAACUUUACUCAUAAAUUGUAAUUCAUAUUUUUAUAGAUAAAAAGUAUGAGAAUAAAAUGUAUUAUGGUUAUUGUUAUUAA